GGGAAGGCCCCUUCUUGACAAGAUGGAGUCCUCGGUCUUCAUCCUUUUCCUGCUCCUCAUUCUGGAAAGACAGGCAGCUGUGGUUGGAUUCUAUGGCGGCGGCUUCACGAAAGGUGGCGGCUUCACGAGCAGUUCGUCAGAAUUUAUAAAAGGUCAUGUCAAUUACGGGCUCAAAGGAGGAAGUGAUGAUGCAGCUGAAGAAAGUGUUUUCAUGCAAACAAAACAUCAAGUAUAUGAGCAGGGGAAUGACAUGUCACAGGCACGUCAUUCACAAGAACAUGCAGGUGUAAAGGGGGCUGCACUUUGUCGCAAAGGACAAAUGUCCCAACUAAAAUCCCAAGAAUCCCAAGUAAAAUCCUUUGGACAAGUGAAAUCCCAUGAAUCUCAACUGAAAUCAUCCUACGGCCAACUAAAAUCCCAAAGUGCCCAAGUAAAGUCCUAUGGACAAGUGAAAUCCUAUGGACAAGUGAAAUCCCAUGAAUCUCAGCUGAAAUCAUCCUACGGCCAACUAAAAUCCCAAAGUGCCCAAGUAAAAUCCUAUGGUCAGUUAAAAUCCCAAAAUGCCCAACUGAAAUCCUAUGGUCAGUUAAAAUCCCAAGAUGCCCAACUGAAAUCCUAUGGUCAGUUAAAAUCCCAAGAUGCCCAACUAAAAUCCUUUGGCCAACGAAAAUCCUAUGGUGAAGGAGGUCAAGUAAAAUCCUAUGGUCAGCUAAAAUCCCAAAGUGCCCAACUAAAAUCCUAUGGUCAGCUAAAAUCCCAAGAUGCCCAACUAAAAUCCUAUGGUCAGCUAAAAUCCCAAGAUGCCCAACUAAAAUCCUAUGGUCAGCUAAAAUCCCAAGAUGCCCAACUAAAAUCCUAUGGUCAGCUAAAAUCCCAAAGUGCCCAACUAAAAUCCUAUGGUCAGCUAAAAUCCCAAGAUGCCCAACUAAAAUCCUAUGGUCAGCUAAAAUCCCAAGAUGCCCAACUAAAAUCCUAUGGUCAGCUAAAAUCCCAAGAUGCCCAACUAAAAUCCUAUGGUCAGCUAAAAUCCCAAGAUGCCCAACUAAAAUCCUAUGGUCAGCUAAAAUCCCAAGAUGCCCAACUAAAAUCCUAUGGUCAGCUAAAAUCCCAAGAUGCCCAACUAAAAUCCUAUGGUCAGCUAAAAUCCCAAGAUGCCCAACUAAAAUCCUAUGGUCAGCUAAAAUCCCAAGAUGCCCAACUAAAAUCUCUAAAGGGAUUUUCUCAACAAACUCAGCAUAAAGGAUUUGCUAUGAAUGAAGAAGUAUCACAAGUGCGUAAACAAUUUGAUGAAGAUGAAGACCAGUCUGUACAGCAAAAAUCUAGCCAACAGGCAAAAACAGAGGAAGACUUAUCCCAGUUUGGACAACAACGCCAAUUUGGACAAGAACGCACACAAUCCUAUAAGGGAUAUCUUGAACAAUACAAAAAGAAAUCACAAGACCACUAUCAACAAAGAAGAGAUUUUAAUCAAGAUAAUUAUUUUACAAAGGGAGGGGCAGACCUAUAUCAAGCUCAGCUUAAAGGAUAAUAUAGUCAUCAACCAACUAAAGACCAAGAUCAAUGUCAAGGAAUCACUUCACCAGAGCCAAGUCUAUGUUACCUUCCAGAUGCUGCCUGCAAUGGGGUCCCAGAUAUCUGGUUCAUGGGCAACCCUCUACUCACAAUUGCUUUUCUGUAGGACUUCUAACCCCGGAGCUUCCUCAAACACUUGCUUUCCAAUAAAAAUGUAACUUUCUGCA